AUGUUUAAGGAGGUGGGAUGGAACCACAAUGGCCUCGUACAGAAGCUGGAGACACGCAGAAAGGAACGCUCACAGGAAUACUACAAGGCCAAGGUAGAACAGAAGAAAAUCGCUGCCAAGGCCAAAGCCGAGGCCCUGACCAAACUACCAGAGGAACACAAGAAUGCCCUUGCAUUCUGUGGGCUUGUUAGGGAAAUGAUAAUUUUCACAGAUGCGCCACCCGAGCAGGACCAGCCGGCUGGAGCUGUCGGUGUUACAAUCAAUUUGCCACCAAGUUGGCUCGAACUGGUAGAGGAUUGCAUAUUUACAUUCAAAAACAUAACCAACCGUAUAAGGGACUUGGAAAACGCACAAAAUAAAAGCCUGCUCACCGUAUUCGAUAAAAUGGGCAAAGGAGAUCAAGGGCAAAUUGGUGUAAUCACAGCAGAUAUCGCAACCAUGAUGAAGAAAAUAGAACGAAACAUGGAAGUUAUAGGCACAGAGGGUCCUGAUUAUGUCGAGAACCAAUUGCGCAAAAAUGCAAGACAUAAAAUCGCAGGUGAACUGUUAGGUUUGUCUGGUACGUUUAGGAGAUUGCAGAAAACGUACUACGACAACGUGCAAGAAGACAAUCAGACACGUGCGAAAUCUGGUAUACCAGAUAUAACGUUGACCGGUGAUGGUUUCGUUCAGGAGCAAGUCCAAGUGUCACACGAAAACAUCGCCGAUCGCACCAACAGACUACAUCAAAUUUCCAUGACCAUGCAGGAACUCAAAGAUAUGUAUACACAACUUGCCACAAUGGUAGUUGAACAGGGAUCUAUGCUUGAUCAAAUUGACUACAACGUUCGCUUAUUCACAGAAAACACAAAGAACGUAGUGCGAGAGCUAAGGAAGACGCUCAAACGAGAGACAUCAGGGUUUGCAAUCAGGAUGGUGCGCAAUCUUGUUGGUAUCAUAUUUGUGGAGCUUAUUUUAAUCGUCAUUAAACUCGCGUGA